UCGAGAGAUCGCCACUGACAACAUGAAGAGAGAGUGUCCGUGCGCUGUUUACUGUGUCGUCCUACUUGUUCUUGUUGUGGUUGUUGGGAACACCUUGGCUCUGACUGGUCCACCUGGUAGUGUAUGCGGCAGUCAGUGUUGUGACGGGUGGGACCAAGUUGGGGACACCUGCGUCCACUGCUACUACCCAUGUAUACACGGCACCUGUGUGGACACUAACGUCUGUGAGUGUGAGCCUGAGUGGGAAGGACACGAUUGCAGUUAUGAUAUUGAUGAAUGCUGGUACGGGCAUCACGCCUGUCACCACAACUGUCACAACAACGAUGGAUGUUACACCUGUUUCUGUGAUGUCGGCUUCCAGCUCAUCAACUCUACACACUGCGUCAUCUCUCCAACCUCCGACAUCAGCAGUACUCCGGCGGGCCUUCCUUAACGGGCUACGGAGAUUUCUGCACACCGUGUCACAGCUAUAACAACAACUGUGGGCAGGGCAACAGCACAAACUACACAUAGAAUCACCGACACCACAGCUAGCGGUUUGCGUACAACCCCCAUGGUCGCGACGACACCACAGCCACUACCACUGUCAACAGGGUAACAACAAACCGUUCACGAAGAACCACCGAUGCUAAAGUUAGCAGUUUACGCACAGAUUCCACGGCUACUUUACCAACAACAAGAACAACAGCAACAGCUACUACAAGCUCUUCACAGAGAAACACUAGGAUCACCUCUAGAGGUUCACACACACACACGUUCUACAGCCACAGCAACUGUGGAGAGAACAACGACAAACCCUCCACAGACAACCACCGAGACCGCGGAUACAAGUUCCACAGCCACAACUACAGCUUCCGUUACAACACUGAGGACCAC